CGCAGUUUUGACACUCACGUGCGUUACUUGUGACAACAGGAAGAGAGAAGUGACAUUUACAUUGUGGCAACAAAAAUUAUCUACUUUUGUCGAUGGUGCUUUAUUAAUAACAAUUAAACAUCAUGGCGUCUAUUUUCAAAGAAACGCAAAGCAUCAAAGAGGCAGUGGCUUUCAUCAAUGCUAUUGACGUGAACAAAUUCUCAAGACUGAUCUCUAGGAUCAUACAGAAACUUCACCUGAAGGGAGAGCGGAUACUUAGUGAAGACGAGGAGCUGAAGCUUCAAGCAGCGCUAUCAUUGGAAAAACCUGCUCUCACGCUAGUUCUCGAAACAGUCUCAUUUAUCCUGGAACAAGCGGUGUAUCAUAAUGUGAAGCCGGCAUCACUACAGCAGCAGCUGGAGGCGGUCCACGUGAGCCCGGAGAAGGCGGAGGUGUUCACCCAGACAUGGGCCACCGCUGGCCCGGAGCUGGUGGAUAAGCUCAGGCAGACCGUCUUCGCCCCAAAGAAGCUGGAACACGUUGGCUGGCAGUUGAACCUGCAGAUGGCUCAGUCCAGCCAAGCCAAACUGAAGGACCCCAGUGCUGUGCUGCAGCUGGGCCUCCGCGCCGAGGACUCAGAGCCAUCCAUCCGUUUACCAUCUGUCCCUGCCUGGUGCUGAGGAUGCUAAUCCCCGCUGGUGUGUCUUGAGAGUGGCCAUGCGUCAGGCUCGGGAGCAUGCAGAGAUCCCUGGAAGCUUGUUAUCCCGGGUCUCCUGGGCCUCUUCCCUCCGUCUAGAGCCUUCCACAUUAUCCGAUAAUGACUUUUUCUCCAUUAGUCAUACAUUUGCUUUUCUGUCAGACCCGCGGCAUUGUAGUUGUUCUUGGUAUUCUUUAAUUAUUUUAAUGAGUGAAUCACAAAGACCUUCAUGUACUCACAAUAUUGUGCUGUUGUUUUAUAAUUUGAUUAUGGUGUGGGAAAUAUAGCAUAUAUAUUAUACCGCAUAAAAUAUGGCUUUUAUGCUGCUCCUGCCAGUGUCACUAUAUUUUUCCAUAUUAAUUAAACAAUUAAAAUAACAUUAAUAUUUUUUUUUUACAAAUUUAAAUCAUUUAAUUUUGGAUGCUACUGUUACUUUGCUAUGGCAGCAAAGCAGUAUUCUAGCGACAGUUCUGUUUCCCCGGGUAUUGCUGCCUUCCUAUUGGCUAAUGGGGGCGUCAUUGCACACCAAUAGUCUGGUCCUUGUGGGCCUGCUGGCUUUAUUUAACUGCACCAGCCACAGGAUUUGGAUUAACCAGAAAAAGAAAGUAUUUUUUGAAAGCUAGGUUCUCUUUUAAAUCAGCUGCUCUCUUGACAUACAUGUUGAGCAACAUAAAAGGGCAUGAAUUACGUUCACGGUUUCUAUUAUUUGAGUUUAAAGACAGAGACACUAUAAGCAUAGAAGAAAUCGAUAUAUGCAAUGCAUUUUUUCUGUGUUUCUUUCCUCUCUGUAAUACCUUUCAAACACUUUCAAAACUUAAGGGCCAUGCCUUUGUUCCAAAUGCCUGGUUCGUUUUCAAAGGUUGAGCCAGUAUUUAGUGUAAUCAACUACAUUUUUGAAUACAUCGAAUCACAAAGUGUCGUAUAUGUAUUAUUGCAUCCCUUGUGAAUGCAUCUCAGACAGUAGUAGAAGGGCUGAUCGUUUUCUGCUUCCUGUGUGGUUAAACAAGAGUGACAGCAAGGCCUGUGAGAUUAUUAUAAAAUGCGUGCCUGUAUUUCACCAUGUUCUCCCCAUGCAUGUCAUUUAUUUUAAUCUACUAACAAAAUAUCCCGUGGUGGGUGGAGACAGUCAGGGGGACUAGUUAAUUUUACAAAAAGAAGCAGUUUUAAUACGAGUAUCAUCGAUUUAACAAAAAUCACAAUCACUUGCAAUUCCUCUGGUGAACAUUAGGGGGCACUGUUGCCUCGCCAAACGUUCACCAGAGGAGCGACGCGGAAUGAAAAUGAUAUAUUCCGCGGUGUGUGAACAUUGUUGUUCAAAGACCUUCCGUGCGCAGGGUUUUCUUUUUAAAUUUCAUCUGAGAUCCUUCAUUAGUUUCUUAUAAGUUUGCUUCCUGCAAAAAAUCUCCAGCAAAUACACUACAGUGUAAUCCAGCAAUGUCAAAACAUUGUGAAGAUGAAGAGGCAACCAAAAUGCAAAUAUAGUUGAGAAUCAGCUGCAAGUGUCAAGAUAAUUAGAAUAAAAAGUCAUAACAUCUCCAAUGCUAACCAAUUUUGUUGACAAAGAAAAGUGAACUACUGGGAGAGUGGGAGUGUUAGGACAGAGGAGAGGAAGAUGAGGGUAUAGGACACAAGCAGAGGAGAGGGGAAAAGAGAGCAAGGGAGUGGGAUGGAAAAUUAUGGACAAUCCAAUAAUGCUACAAAGACUAAAAACACGAAGGGAACUGAAAGAAAAUCAUCAAACGACAAAGGGAAGUGAAGCCUGAGUGGGCCACCCUCUGUAUGGUAUACAUGGAGGGUAACCAGAGUGGAGCGUGGGAGACACAGUACCAUCGAGGCUGCCUCCUUAACCCUCUCCAGAAGGAGCACAUCCCCCUGGCCCACCGACACCCAGCCUCCGGACCCAAAGCAUCCCCCCGGCAUCCACUAGUUAGCAUUAUGCUACGUUACUUGCCCCUGUUUAAUGGCUAACAAUCGUCUAUUCUUUGGUUACACUUUUUUCAUUGAAUAAACAGCUAACGAGUUCUUGUUCACAAAUCCACUGGCGGGCACAUCAGGGUGCGGGCGAGCCCGUCACGGCUAGACGGUGCUUUGCUUUGCGGUUCCGACGCGUUCCGACUCUGAAUUUCCAGUCUCUUGGUCACUGGUGGUGUUCACGGCAGCACAUGAAAUAUGUCCGCCAUGCGCCUGCACGCCGGGGCCAUAAACACCCACCGGUUCCUCC